AUCAGUUGGCCAUUGGCUCUGGGUGAUUCUCAAACUUCUGGGGGACUUUUUCCACUUGAAUUCUCUCAUAAUAAGUCAGAUGCUUUAUAAGGCGUGAAUUUUACAGUGAAUGGCACGUGCAUGCACCUCAUUAAAAAUAUGAUUACACAUCUUGGGACUAUAUUUAGAAGAGAUUCUCACAAAAUGUCUGCUGAUCGCUUGGAUGUGGUGAUCUUCGGGGCGACGGGCUUCACAGGCAAUUGUGCUGUGGAGAAGAGCGUGGAGUUCCUGUCGAAAGUCAAGUGGGGCAUCGCCGGGAGGAAUCAGUCGAAGCUGGAGGGCGUGCGAGAGAGGAUUGGCACCAAAGUGUCCAAGGACUUGUCAGAGAUUCCCAUCAUAAUCGCCGAUGUGGGCGAUGAGGAGUCACUGAAGAAGAUGGCAGAGCAGGCAAAGGUCGUGGUGAACUGCUGCGGUCCGUAUCGUCACUUCGGCGAGGCUGUCGUGAAGGCGUGCAUCGCCGCGGGCACUCAUCACGUGGACGUGAGCGGUGAGCCGCAGUACAUGGAGAGAAUGCAGCUGGAGUACGACGAGGCGGCGCGCGAAGCGGGCGUCUAUGUGGUGUCAGCAUGUGGAUUCGACAGCAUUCCCGCGGAUUUGGGCACACUCUUCCACGAGCGUCACUUCGAGGGCGUCGUGAAUUCCGUGGAGACUUAUUUGGUGGCGAAGAGCACGGGUCCCGGCGCAUCUCUGCACUACGGCACUUGGGAGUCUGCUAUUUACGGGCUCGCCCACGCCAAUGAGCUCAGAUCGCUGCGUUCGAAGCUGUUCAAGGAACGUCUGCCGUCGAUGAAGCCCUCACUCAAGAACCGCCCUAUCUUCCAUCGAGCACCCGUGGUGAGGAAUGCUGUGUGCCUACCUUUCCUGGGCUCCGACAGAUCCGUCGUGAUGCGCUCGCAGCGCUUCCUCUUCGAGACGCAGAAGAAGCGCCCCGUCCAGGUGCGCACAUACAUGUCAGUGGGCACAUACUUCACUGCUCUCCUCUUCAUCCUGGCCGGAGCUAUUUUCUCCCUCUUCACACGCUUCUCGCUGGGUCGCCGCCUGCUGCUUGACUACCCCAAACUGUUCUCCUUUGGCUUCGCCAGUCACGAGGGUCCGUCGGAGGAGAAGAUGAAGAACACUAAGUUCACCAUGUGGUUCCAGGGCGCCGGCUGGCCUGAGGCACUCGCCGAGGGUGAGGAUCAGUACGCUGAUCCGCCAACGAAGAAGCUCGUCACCAAAGUGUCGGGCACCGACUUUGGAUAUGGAAAUACAGCCGCUUGUAUUCUGCUCUGCGCCACGACAAUCCUCAAGGAACACUCCAAAAUGCCCGGAAAAGGAGGCGUUCUGGCGCCCGGAGCUGCCUUUGGCAAGACAAGUCUUAUUGAUGAGCUCAAUAAGAACGACGUCUUCACCUUUGAGGUCGUGUCAGCAAAGGAAGAUUCACAGAAUUAAUCGAUUGUUUGCAUAAGAACACAUUUUUUCACUUGCUUCUUUUCCCAUCCAAGUAAUAUGGAUAUUUAAUCGUGACCUGCCUUAAGGAAUGGAUUUAUUCUAUUUAUGCGCUCACUGAAAGUCUAAUAAAGAAAAUUUGUCUCUGCAAUCUGAAAGGAAAUAAAGGCAUUUUCCUAAUUUUCAUUGUAAUUUAUUUCUCUUUUUUUCUCUUUUAAAUAUGUUCAUGAACUUACUAAUAUUGUUGCUUCUUUAAGUCUUUUUCUACACUAUUAUCUUUUCUCAUCGUUUCUGCAUGUUUAUUUUCUCUUCGAUCUUUAAGUUAAUGCAAUAGUUUCGCAUAAAAAUCAAGUACGUUGAAAAAUAUCUAUCAAAAAAUCUUUAAGUCAUAAUUAAUUUGUUCUCUGUUCAUUGUUUAAAACAGGGAAAUUGUAAAAGAGACUAAAAAAUGGAUACAAAAAAACAGGGAAUAAUUCUCAUCCUUCAGGUUUGUGACAACAAAAUGAACAACACUUUUAAGUCUUUCGUAAUUGCAAAAUUAUAAAAUAAAAUAAAAU